CCUCGCUCCUAUCUAUGCCACACCAAUUUUAACAUGGAAUGCUUGGACCGGCAGCACCGGCUAACGAAUCAUCCACCAUCUGAAUUAUACCGAAAAACUAUAGACGCCAACAUCCCAUAGAUUCACGCUGUCUGUCUCUUUAUGCCAUACCUUGUGCUGCAUGGUCUAUCCCGUUCGUGUUCCUCCCAUAACAAACCCCUGAUAAUGACAGUAUCUGCACGUCUCGAAGACUGCCCCAGGCUCGAGAGCCUCUUAAUAUAUCUUGAACAAAAUCUUAAAAGCAUAUAUAGUUUAAUUGAAGAACGCACUGCCACUCAAUGCGUUGAUGGGAUUUUCGCCGGAGGUCAUAUACAAAAAUGCAUCUACUCCUUUGUUCAUUACGCCAUCCAUGAGAACAUGACCGGGAUAGACUCGAGAGUGCACCCUCCUUCAUUCCAAGGCGUCAGGAGUUUGCUGACCAGUCAUGAACUCGAUGCUGUUCCUGACGUACCUUCCGUUUAUGUAGGCACUGGCAUCAAGAUGUGCUGCCGAUCCUGGCAUGUGAUCCCCACUACCUACGCCAGCCAUGAAGUGCAACCUUGUCACUAUCUUGGGCCUUGAGGUUCUUGUCGUCGUAAUGCUUGCCCGAAGGGCAAGUUGCACCUCAAGUCGAAGCAAAACUGUGCCAUUCUCGGAAAUUCUGUCCGUUGAAGGGUACAAUUACAGAC